UAGAUGGUGGCCAAUCUUUUCAAGAGCUUGAUUUUACCUUACAUACAUAGGCUUUGCAAAGGAAUGUUUACAAAGAAAUCCGGAAAUAUAACCCAAAAAAGAGAGAAUUGUCAGCAGAAGAAGGAUCAAGACUUUCCUACUGCUGGCCAGACCAAACCCCCCAAAUUUUCUAAUACUUUGAAAAGCACUGUAAGGAAGAUUGCAAAGUGUUCAUCUGCUCGCAACUUAUCCACUGAAGAAGACGAGGCUGAUAGAGAGUUUUCUCUCUCACCAACAUUCAGUUACCGAGUAGCUAUUGCCAAUGGACUACAAAAGAAUAUUAAUGUAACCAGCGGUGAUAAUGAGGAUCUGCUUCAAGAGCUAUCUUCAGUUGAGAGUUCCUACUCAGGAUCGUUAAAUGAACUAAGGAGGAGUACAGAAAAUCAGGUCCAGUCAACACACACCAUGCCAGUUAGACGCAAUAGGAAGAGUUCGAGCAGCCUCGCACCCUCCGAGGGCAGCUCUGAUGGGGAGCGCACUCUACACAGCUUAAAACUAGGAGCUUUACGAAAACUGAGGAAAUGGAAAAAGAGUCAAGAGUGUGUCUCCUCAGAUUCAGAGUUGAGCACCGUGAAGAAAACCUGGGGAAUAAGAAGCAAGUCUUUGGACAGAACUGCCCGAAACCCAAAGACAAGUGCCCUGGAACCAGGAUUCAGUUCUUCUGGCUGCAUUAGUCAAACACAUGAUGUCAUGGAAAUGAUCUUUAAGGAACUUCAGGGAAUAAGUCAGAUUGAAACUGAACUUUCUGAACUUCGAGGGCACGUCAAUGCUCUCAAGCACUCCAUCGAUGAGAUCUCCAGCAGUGUGGAGGUGGUACAAAGUGAAAUUGAACAGCUGCGUACAGGGUUUGUCCAAUCUCGAAGAGAAACCAGAGACAUCCAUGAUUAUAUUAAGCACUUAGGUCACAUGGGUAGCAAGGCAAGCCUGAGAUUUUUAAAUGUGCCUGAAGAAAGGUUUGAAUAUGUUGAAAGUGUGGUGUACCAAAUUCUAAUAGAUAAAAUGAGUUUUUCAGAUGCACCAAAUGCUAUUAAAAUUGAAUUUGCUCAGAGGAUAGGACACCAAAGGGACUGCCCAAAUGCAAAGCCUCGACCCAUACUUGUGUACUUUGAAACCCCUCAGCAAAGGGACUCCGUCUUAAAAAAAUCAUAUAAACUCAAAGGAACAGGUAUCGGAAUCUCAACAGAUAUUCUGUCUCAUGACAUCAGAGAAAGAAAAGAGAAAGGAAUACCAUCCUCCCAGACAUAUGAGAGCAUGGAUAUAAAGUUGUCCACUCCAGAACCCAAAGUCAAGAAGAACAGUUGGCAGUCACCUGAUGACAGUGACGGAGACCUGGAAGCUGACUUCAAUAGAAACAGUUAUGGUGUGCUUUCCAAGUCAGAGUUUCCAACGAAGGGAAGUACUUCCAAGCCAAGCUCAAAAUCACACAGUGCUAGAUCCAAGAAUAAAACGGCUAAUAGCAGCAGAAUUUCACAUAAAUCAGAUUAUAGUAAAAUUUCCUCACAAUUGCCAGAAUCAGAUAACUCGGAAAAGCAAACCACAACCCAUUACGCAGAUGCAACACCUCUCUGGCAUUCACAGAGUGAUUUUUUCACUGCUAAACUUAGUCGUUCUGAAUCAGAUUUUUCCAGAUUAUGUCAGUCUUACUCAGAGGAUUUUUCAGAAAAUCAGUUUUUCAUUAGAACUAAUGGAAGCUCACUCCUGUCAUGUUCAGACCGGGAACUUUGGCAAAGGAAACAAGAGGGCACAUCUACCUUGUAUGACAGUCCUCAGGACCAGCAUUUGAAUGGGAGUAUUCAGGGUGUCCAAGGGCAGAGUGAAAUUGAGAACACAGAAACUGUGGAUAGUGGAAUGAGUAAUGGCAUGGUAUGUGCUUCUGGAGACCGAAGUCAUUACAGUGAUUCUCAGCUCUCUUUACACGAAGAUCUUUCUCCAUGGAAGGACUGGAAUCAAAUAGAGCAAGGAGCUGAUUUAGGCUUAGAUUCAUCUACCCAGGAAGGUUUUGAUUAUGAUGCAAACAGUCUUUCUGAUAAACAGCUGGAUGUUUACAAUAAAGACCUAGAAGACUUAGGAAAGUGCCACAGUGACCUUCAAGAUGAUUCAGAAAGCUAUGAUUUAACCCAAGAUGACAACUCAUCUCCGUGCCCUGGAUUGGAUAAUGAACCGCAAGGCCAGUGGGUUGGGCAAUAUGAUUCUUCUCAAGAAGCUAAUUCUAAUGAGCUGUACCAAAAUCAAAACCAGUUGUCCAUGAAGUAUCGAAGUCAAAAUGAAUUGCAAAGUGAUGAUUCAGAGGAUGCCCCACCCAAAUCAUGGCAUAGUCGAUUAAGCAUUGACCUUUCUGAUAAGACUUUCAGCUUCCCAAAAUUUGGAUCUACACUGCAGAGGGCUAAAUCAGCCUUGGAAGUAGUAUGGACCAAAAGCACACAGAGUCUCAGUGGGUACGAGGACAGUGGCUCUUCCUUAAUGGGGAGAUUUCGAACAUUAUCCCAAUCCACUGCAAAUGAAUCAAGUACCACACUUGACUCUGAUGUAUACACAGAGCCCUAUUACUACAAAGCAGAGGAUGAGGGGGACUAUAGUGAACCAGUGGCUGAAAAUGAAACAGAUUAUGUUGAAGUGAUGGAACAAGUCCUUGCUAAGCUAGAAAACAGGACUAGUAUUACUGAAAUAGAUGAACAAAUGCAGGAAUAUGAUCACCCUUCAUACGAAACACCUUAUGAAACCCCACAAGAUGAGGGCUAUGAUGGUCAGGCAGAUGAUAUGGUUAGUGAAGGGGGAUUAGAACCGCUAAAUGAAACAUCAGCCCAUAUGGAAAUAAGAGAAGAUGAAAACCAAAACAUCCCCGAACAACCACUGGAAAUCACAAAGCCAAAGAGAAUACGUCCCUCCUUCAAAGAAGCAGCCUUAAGGGCCUAUAAGAAGCAAAUGGCAGAGUUGGAAGAGAAGAUCUUGGCUGGAGAUAGCAGUUCUGUGGAUGAAAAGGCUCGAAUAAUAAGGGGCAAUGAUUUGGAUGCUUCCAAAUUCUCCGCACUCCAGGUAUUUGGUGGGGCUGGGCGAGGACUUUACGGGAUUGACAGCAUGCCAGAUCUUCGCAGGAAAAAAACUUUGCCCAUUGUCCGAGAUGUGGCCAUGACCUUGGCUGCCCGGAAAUCUGGCCUCUCCCUGGCUAUGAUGAUUAGGACAUCAUUAAACAAUGAGGAACUGAAAAUGCAUGUCUUCAGGAAGACCUUGCAGGCAUUGAUCUACCCCAUGUCCUCCACCACCCCACACAAUUUUGAGGUCUGGACGGCUACGACGCCCACCUACUGUUACGAAUGUGAAGGGCUCCUGUGGGGCAUUGCCCGGCAAGGCAUGAGGUGUCUGGAGUGCGGAGUGAAGUGCCACGAAAAGUGUCAGGACCUCCUAAACGCUGACUGUUUGCAGAGAGCAGCAGAAAAGAGUUCUAAGCAUGGUGCUGAAGACAAGACUCAGACCAUUAUCACAGCAAUGAAAGAAAGAAUGAAGAUCAGGGAGAAAAACAGACCGGAGGUGUUUGAAGUAAUUCAGGAAAUGUUUCACAUUUCUAAAGAAGAUUUUGUGCAGUACACAAAGGCAGCCAAACAGAGUGUCCUGGAUGGGACAUCUAAGUGGUCAGCAAAAAUAACCAUUACAGUGGUUUCUGCACAAGGCUUACAGGCAAAAGACAAAACUGGGUCUAGUGACCCAUAUGUUACAGUUCAAGUUGGAAAGAAUAAAAGAAGGACUAAAACCAUUUUUGGAAACUUGAACCCAGUAUGGGAUGAGAAGUUUUAUUUUGAGUGCCACAACUCCACAGAUCGAAUCAAAGUCAGAGUGUGGGAUGAAGAUGAUGACAUUAAAUCUAGAGUCAAGCAACAUUUCAAAAAGGAGUCAGAUGAUUUUCUGGGACAAACAAUUGUGGAAGUGAGGACCCUGAGUGGUGAAAUGGAUGUCUGGUACAAUUUAGAGAAACGGACAGAUAAGUCAGCUGUAUCUGGAGCCAUUCGAUUGAAAAUCAAUGUGGAAAUAAAGGGAGAGGAGAAGGUUGCUCCCUAUCAUAUACAAUAUACAUGUUUACAUGAGAAUCUGUUCCACUACUUGACUGAAGUGAAAUCUAAUGGUGGAGUGAAAAUUCCAGAGGUCAAAGGAGAUGAAGCCUGGAAGGUUUUUUUUGAUGAUGCUCCCCAAGAAAUAGUUGAUGAAUUUGCCAUGCGUUAUGGGAUUGAAUCUAUUUAUCAAGCUAUGACGCACUUUUCAUGUUUGUCUUCUAAAUACAUGUGCCCUGGUGUUCCUGCUGUCAUGAGCACCUUGCUGGCUAACAUAAAUGCUUUCUAUGCUCACACUUCAGUUUCAACAAAUGUGCAAGUUUCUGCCUCAGAUAGAUUUGCUGCUACCAACUUCGGUAGAGAAAAAUUCAUAAAACUACUGGACCAGUUGCAUAACUCUUUAAGGAUUGACCUGUCAAAGUAUAGGGAAAACUUUCCUGCCAGCAAUACCGAAAGACUGCAAGACCUCAAGUCAACUGUUGACCUGCUAACAAGCAUCACCUUUUUUAGGAUGAAGGUUCUGGAACUGCAAAGCCCCCCAAAGGCCAGCAUGGUGGUGAAGGACUGUGUCAGGGCUUGCCUGGAUUCUACCUACAAGUAUAUUUUUGACAAUUGCCAUGAACUCUAUUACCAGCUAACAGACCCGAGUAAGAAACAGGACAUUCCUCGGGAAGAUCAGGGACCGACCACCAAGAAUUUGGAUUUUUGGCCCCAACUUAUUACACUGAUGGUCACUAUUAUUGAUGAGGAUAAAACUGCCUACACGCCCAUCCUGAAUCAAUUUCCUCAAGAAUUGAACAUGGGAAAAAUAAGUGCCGAAAUUAUGUGGACUCUUUUUGCUCUGGAUAUGAAAUAUGCAUUAGAAGAGCAUGAAAAGCAGCGAUUAUGCAAGAGCACCGAUUAUAUGAAUUUACAUUUCAAAGUAAAAUGGUUUUAUAAUGAAUAUGUGCGUGAACUUCCUGCCUUCAAGGAUGCUGUUCCUGAAUACUCCUUGUGGUUUGAACCUUUUGUCAUGCAGUGGCUAGAUGAAAAUGAAGAUGUGUCAAUGGAGUUCCUUCAUGGGGCACUGGGAAGAGACAAAAAGGAUGGAUUCCAGCAGACAUCUGAUCAUGCCCUCUUCUCUUGCUCCGUGGUCGAUGUCUUUGCUCAGCUCAAUCAGAGCUUUGAGAUUAUUAAGAAACUCGAAUGCCCCAAUCCUGAAGCGUUAUCUCACUUAAUGAGAAGAUUCGCAAAGACUAUCAAUAAAGUGUUGCUCCAGUAUGCUGCAAUCGUAUCAAAUGAUUUCAGUUCAUAUUGUGAUAAAGGAAAUGUGCCCUGUAUCUUGAUGAACAAUAUUCAACAAUUGCGAGUCCAGCUGGAAAAAAUGUUUGAAUCCAUGGGAGGGAAAGAGCUAGAUCCUGAAGCUAGUACUAUUCUAAAAGAACUUCAAGUUAAACUCAAUGGGGUUCUGGAUGAGCUCAGUGUCAUUUAUGGCAAAAGUUUUCAGCUUAUAAUUGAAGAAUGUAUAAAACAAAUGAGUUUUGAACUAAAUCAAAUGAGAGCAAAUGGAAAUACCACAUCUAAUAAAAAUAGUUCAGCCAUGGAUGCAGAGAUUGUGUUAAGACCUCUCAUGGACUUCUUAGACAAAAUACUAAGUCUGUCAGCAAAAAUCUGUGAGAAAACAGUACUGAAGCGGGUUUUGAAAGAGCUGUGGAAGCUAGUUCUCAACAAAAUAGAAAAACAAAUUGUCCUCCCUCUGAUAGAUCAAACAGGACCCCAGAUGAUUUUCAUCGCAGCUAAGGAUCUUGGACAAUUAUCCAAACUGAAGGAGCACAUGACGCGGGAGGAUGCCAAGGGUUUGACACCAAGACAAUGUGCUAUAAUGGAAGUGGUCCUGGCUACCAUCAAGCAAUACUUCCAUGCUGGAGGAAAUGGCCUGAAAAAGAAUUUCUUGGAGAAAAGCCCAGAUCUGCAGUCUCUGAGAUAUGCUCUCAGUCUUUACACCCAAACUACUGAUGCCUUGAUAAAGAAAUUCAUAGACACUCAAACCUCACAGAGUCGCUCCUCCAAAGAUGCAGUGGGUCAGAUUUCUGUUCAUGUGGAUAUUACCGCCACCCCAGGAACUGGCGAGCACAAAGUCACUGUAAAAGUGGUUGCUAUUAAUGAGCUAAACUGGCAGACCACAGCAAUGUUCCGCCCCUUUGUGGAAGUCUGUAUACUGGGACCCAACCUUGGAGACAAGAAGAGAAAACAAGGCACAAAGACAAAAAGCAACACAUGGUCACCGAAGUACAAUGAAACAUUUCAGUUCAUUCUGGGCAAUGAAAACCGCCCAGGGGCCUAUGAAAUUCAUCUCUCAGUUAAGGAUUACUGCUUUGCCCGAGAAGAUCGAAUCAUCGGAAUGACAGUCAUUCAGCUACGGAACAUAGCAGAAAAGGGAAGCUAUGGGGCAUGGUAUCCUCUUUUGAAAAACAUCUCAAUGGAUGAAACUGGUUUGACUAUCCUUAGAAUACUCUCUCAGAGGACUGGCGAUGAUGUGGCUAAAGAGUUUGUGAGACUUAAAUCUGAAACAAGAUCUACAGAAGAGAGUGCUUGA